AUGCCCGACACACUCCCACCCUGCGAGCAGCCACAGCUCACCCCGGAAUUUCACGAUGUGAUCAUCGUCGGCGCCGGCAUCUCUGGCAUUGCCAUGGCCUGCCAGCUGAAGCGCAAGUUGAACAUCCACGACAUCAAGAUCCUCGAGCGCGGGCCCGAUCCUUCGGGGACCUGGACCAACAACACGUAUCCCGGUUGCGCAUGUGACGUGCCCGCGCCCGUCUACUCCUACUCCUUCGCCACCAAGGGCGACUGGUCGACGUUCUACCCGCAGCAGAAGGAGCUCAAGAAGUACUUUGGCACUGUGGCCAAGGAGCACGACCUGCACAAGAACUUUCAUUUCCAGACCACAGUCAACGAGGCGAGGUACGAUCGCGAUACGGGGCUGUGGCACCUGUGGAGCACCGACUGGACCAAGGACGGUGAAGGUGAGAAGCACCACUUCGUAUGCAAGUUCUUCGUUAGCGCAGUGGGCGGGUUGAGCCAGCCCAAGAAAUGCGAUAUCGACGGAGCGGACACUUUCGCCGGACCGAUCUUCCACACGGCCGCGUGGGAUCACAGUGUCGAUCUCGCCGGCAAAGACGUCGUGUUAGUCGGCAACGGAUGCUCCGCCACCCAAUGCGUGCCUUACCUCGCCGAACACUCCAAGACGCUCACCCAGUUUGUCCGCUCGAAACACUGGAUCGCCCCGCAUCCCCACCAACCCUUCGACAGCAUCCCCGGCUUCAAGUGGCUCCUCCAACGCUCGGUCUUCGUUCGCAAGGCCCAGCGCCUCCUCAUCUGGCUCAUCCUCGAAUCGCAUUUCAUCAUGGUGCUCCAGAACCCGCUGGGCAGGCUGUUCCGCUGGAACUGGCGACGCAAGUGCGAGGCGCACAUGAAGAAGAACGCCCCACGGGAGUACUGGGAUAUGCUGCUGCCGAAGAAGGACGAGCUGAUGGUCGGCUGCAAGCGUCGCAUCAUCGACGACGACUACCUGCCCACGUUGCGACAACCGCACGUCAAGGUGGAGAACACCAAGCUGGCGCGCAUCGAGAAGGAGCACGUCGUGUUGGCGGAUGGACGCAAGAUCAAGGCGGACGUGAUUGUGAUGGCCAACGGCUUCGAGCCGACUGCAGCGGGGGCACCGAUGAAGAUCGUCGGUGUCAGCCGAACCUUGCACGAGCACUGGGCCAAGUACGGCGAAGGUGGAAUGGUUGCCUACCGCAGCUCGCUCAACAGCGGCUUCCCCAACAUGGGCCAGAUCAACGCCGCCAACACCGGCACCGGCAAUCAGAGUCUCAUCUUUGCCUCCGAGUGCACCGUCAACUUUUUGCUCGAGCUAGCCAAGCCCGUACUUGCCUCCGCCCGCCCACCGCAGUUCGCCAUCGAACACUACCCCUCCACGACCCUCUCGGGGGACCAAAAACUCGACCUGCACAAGAUCCCCACCUUCGAGGUCAAACUCAAAGCCGAACUCGACGAGCAGCACUGGAUCGCCAAAUGCAUGUCCAAACUCGUCUUCACCAGCGGGUGCAAAUCUUGGUACAUCGACGCCAAGAGUGGGCGCGUGACAAGCAUGCAACCCGACUGGCAGAUCAACUAUAUGCUAAGAGCAACCUUCCCCAAAUGGGACGACUUUAGGUAUACCGGCUUGAAGGGGGGCAGGAGGGUGCCCGAGGGCGUGCCGUGGUGGAAGAGAUGGGGCGAUUGGGCCGGGUUGGGACACGUCAAGUAUGUGGAUCCGAAGGAGACGCCUAGUAUCAACCGGGCUGCUAUGGAUGCCUAG